AUGUAUAUAAAUUUUUGUAGAGAAUACAAUAAUAUAGGAAUAUAUGAAUUAUAUAAAGAACAAAUUGAAUGUUUAAAAAACAUAUUUGUAAAUGAAGAAAUUGAAAAUAACUUGAAAAAUAAAAAUAAUGAAGAAUUUUCUGUUCCUAGAAAAAAUGAAAAUGUAAAUUUUAUAUUAGAUUCAGAUUUUUUUCUACCUUUAGAGAAAUCUGAAAUAAAGGAUAUUAAAUGUUUAUACUUUAAAGAUAAUAAAGCAAAUGAAAGUUUUAGUGAUAAAUCGAACGAAUAUAAAAAUUAUACUUGUAACAAUAAUACAUUUUAUAAAAAUUUUUUAUUUAAUAUACCAACAGGUAUGGGUAAGACAAUAAUUUAUGAUAUUUUAAUUAUUAGAUCUAUCUUAUAUAAAGGAUAUAGAAUAGUUUUAACUUUGCCAACAGUAUCAUUAAUUAAUGAAAAAAGUGAUUAUUAUGAAAAGUUACUUGGAAAAAAUACUGUAUCAUUAAAUAUAAAGAAAUUUAAUAGUUUAAAUUUUACUGGAUAUUCAUAUAAUAUAUCAACAGAUAUUGCCUUGUGUACAUAUGAACAAGCAAAUAUUAUAAUAAAUAUAAUUAUUAAGAAUAAUUUAAAAUGCAAUUACAUAUUUAUUAUUGAUGAAAUUCAUUACAUAAAUGAUAUGCAUAGAGGAUUUCUCAUUGAAACGUUAUUAACUAAAAUUAAGUUCAUUCAAAAAAAUUAUGAAAACCUUUUUUAUAUAAGAACAUAUGGUUUCUCAGCAACACUAUCAAAUAUCGAUCAGUUAGGGGACUGGUUAAAUGCUAAAGUAUAUGUAAGUAAAGAGAAAUUACAAAAAAUAAAAUAUCUUUAUAAAAUAAAAAAUGUAAUUUAUAAAGAUAUAAAUAUAAAUGAAAUUGAAAGAAAAUUAGAUAAUCCAGUUUUACUUGAUCCAGAUCAUUUAGUUUAUUUAGUAAGUGAAGAAUUAAUUUUAAAAAGGAAUGUUUUAAUAUUUUGCCCUACUAGAGAUAAAACUGAAAAGAUUGCUUUGUUCAUAAGUAAUAUAAUACCUUAUUACUUAAAGAAUAAAAGUUAUAACAUGAAUAAUGAAUUACUGGAUAAAAGAAUAUAUUUGAUAAAUGAAUUAAAAAAAUUAGAUAUAAAAACAGAAAAUUUAGAAAAAUUAAUUUUAAAUGGGAUUUUUUAUCAUCAUUCUCAACUGAAUAAAAAUGAAAAAGAAAUUAUUGAAAAUUCUUUUAAAAACAACAUUCUAUUUUGCUUAUGUUGCACAACUACUUUAUCAGUAGGAGUUAAUCUUAAUGUUCAUACGAUAAUUAUUAGGAGUUUAAGAUUAGGCAAUAAUUUUUUAACAAAAGAUCAAAUUACUCAAAUGGCUGGUAGAUGUGGAAGGAUAAAAAAAGUACUAGAAAAAAAAAAUAUUGAUAUGAGUAAUUAUAUUGAUAAUGAAAUUUAUGAAUGUAAAACAAAAGAUUUAAGUAAUAAUAGAAAUGAUUAUUCUAUCUAUGACUAUGAUCAGGAUUGUGAUGGGAAGGUUAUCAUUUUUUUAAAUCACUGUGAUAAGAAUUAUUUAGAAAAGAUAUUUAAUCAUAAUUUUGAAAUGUAUAGACUAGAAACGAAAUUAAAUAAUUUUAAUUUAUGUAAAUUUAUAUUAGAAUUUAUACAUUUAGACUUAAUUAAAACAAAAAAAGAUAUGUUUGAUUUACUUUUCUUUUAUACACUUAAAUUUUUUAAAAUUGAAAAUAGACGUGAUAAAGAAAAAAUUAUGCAAGAAAUAAGACAAGCAUUUCAAUAUUUAUUUGAAAAUAAAUUAAUUACAAUACCUUAUGAAAAGGAACAGAGUUACUACCAUUACUUAUUUGCAAAACUUUAUAAUUUAAAUUUAUAUCAAAUGAGUAACUUUUUUAAUUUUCACCUUUUAAAUCAAACUGUUAAUGUUAAUAUACUAAUGAAUUGUGAUCUAACACAAAAAAAAGAAUUUUUCAGAAAAUUAAUUGAGAAUUAUAAGUAUAUAGAAACUAAAAAAGAAGAAAAACAUUUUUUUACACUUCCAUUUAUAACAAUUUUAUUAAUUUUUGAAGAUAAGAAAUUAAACAAAAAUUUAUUUCAAAAUUUAUUCGUUCAAUUAAUAAAAUAUUUAUUUAUUAUUAAUAUAAAUAAUGAUCAAUGUAACUUCUAUGUAUAUGAUAUUUUAAACGAAGAAGAUAACAUUUCAUGCACUGAAUUAUCUUCUUGUUUUUAUUCCAUCUUUAAUGUUUUUGAUUUUAUUUUCAGUUAUUCCUUAAUUCAAUUUAUAUACAUAAAAGGUACACACAAUGAAUAUCCUUUACAAAUAUUAUUUCUUAUUGAGUUAUAUAUUAAUAUAAAUAUGUUUUUUUUUUUUUUUUUUUUUUUUAAAGGAUUUCCCACAGAUAGUUUAUUAAUGAUUUUUGUUUUUUGUAUGAAUUCAGAAAUCUCUUUGAAAAUCCAUUUUGAUAUAUAUGAAGAAAUAUUAAAAUCAAAUGAUAACAUAAAUAAGAUUUUUCAGUAUUUUGGUUUACACAAUAUAAAAUUACAAAAGUUUAAAUUAAAAAAAAUGGAUGAUCUUUACGAUACUUCACUGAAAUUUUUAAAGGGGGAAAUAAACAUAGAUAAAAUAUAUGAAAAUUUAGAAUGGAUAAAAAUAAAAAGAUUUUAUUUUUCUUUAAUUGUUUAUGAUUUGUUCAACGAAGAUUUAAAUGCCAUAUCUAAUAAAUACAGAUUAAAAACAAAAGAAAUAAAAAAUUUAUAUAUUGAAAGUUGUCAUAUUCUUUCUUUUAAUUAUAAAAUUUUGAGGAAUUUUAAAAAUUCUUUGGACAUUUUUUGUAUUGUUUUAGAAAAUUUACUAUUGAAAAUGAAAUCAAAAAAUUUUCUUUUUAAUUUUUAA